UCAGUAUCUCUUUCGGUCUCAUUAGUCUCCUUUCCAGUGUCACUUGGCAACCGAACUCUCUUGGCGCGUUUUGCUAAACGACACUAAAAUGGCUUUUUGCAGUUUUUAGAAGUGGAAGGGAUAUCAAAGAGCAUAGGAUGGAUGGCAAAGACAUUAACGAGCCCGCAUUUUAUUGAAAGCAUAAUCUCACUGGUAAAAUGAAUGAUGCAGAUUUAGAAAAAUUGCUAGUAAAACCUGGAACUUUGGAACCAAAGUUUAAUGGUGACAUAACCGAAUACUCUUUAACGUUGCCGAGCAAGUCCGUAUCCUUAAGCAUCAAUCCAGUUACGAGAGAUUCAGACGCUUCUUGGACUAUAAUUGGUCAUGGAAACGUUAGAUCAAUUCCUCUGCAUGGUGGUGAUGAGUUUGACUUGGACAUUGAAGUAACUGCAGAAGAUGGCAGCACAAAAAAGUACAAGGUUCAUGUGACUGUCCUGUCGGCAUCUCUUGCUUCAUUAGCUGACAUAAAGUUAUCCCAUGGCUCACUGUCCCCAAUUUUUAAAGAUGAAAUUACAGAUUAUACCGUGAAUCUUCCUUGGCAUCUCUCUUCAGUUACCAUCUUGCCUGAGGCUAAAGAUAAAGAUGUUAUUGGUGCAAAUGAAAAUUUGGACGUCUUUCUGAAUUAUGGAGAAACAUUAUAUCAACUUGAGGUCAUGUCACCUGAUAAAAGUUUUGUCAAAAUUUUCAGAAUAAAGUUUGUUAAAGACAAAAUCAUCAGAAUGAUAGCAGCCAGCAAUCCUUCUGAGUCAAUGUAUUGUCCAAUCUGCCUAGGGUUUCUUCACUGCCCAGUGUCAAUAAAGCUAAACCAAGCUACUGAUCCGAGCAGAUAUACAUAUUGUAGAAAGUGUCUUGAUACAGUUACUCGCACAAGAAAAAUUGACCCAGUUACUGAAGCCCCAUUGCCAAUUGAUUUUAUAUGCGAGGAAUAUGGCACAGAAAAAGAGCUGGCAAGUGCGAAAGUUUUCUGCUGCUAUAAGAUUCUUGGAUGUAAUGAAGAGAUAGACUUAUGCCAUCUUGGAAACCAUAUGAAGGGAUGCCCUAUGCAGCCAGUGGUAGCACCAAUAAAUGAUGAAGUAGUUUCUGAGAGAGACCUUGAAAAGAUAGAAAAACUAAGUGUUUGCAAAAUGUGCAGUCAUUCUUUGCAGAAGAAUGAUGUAAGCACACAUUUAAAAUGGUACUGCCCUGCCAAGCAUCCAAAUACCAAAGUAAAUCAUGUGGUGGAGUUAAGAGAUUGGGAAAAAAAGUUGCAGGAAAGAGGGUCAAGCCACUCCUCAGAUCAGGCAAAUGUACUUGCACAGAGUAAUAGCAGCGACCUGUCUCAGCUCCAAGUCGCUGCUGAAAACUAUGCAUGUAUGAUUAAGAUGAAACCACGGAAUCCCACAAACCAUUUUAAACUUGCAGCUGUUCUUGAAGAGAUGUAUUAUGCAGAAGACAUCUGGGGAUGUAAAUCUCAGGAUGUGUUAGAAGAAGAAGAAGAUAAAACCUUUGAUAAUUUGAUGGAUAUAGCUAGCGAUUCAUCCAAAGAAGAAGAGACCAGAGCGAUUUGCAAAUCAAGAGGUGUGCAUGAAAAUUCUCUUUUGCCAGCAGUCCUCAAAGCGCUUGAUGAGGAGUACCAUUUUUUGCUGGAUCAAAGCCAGUCAAGCAAAGCAGACUACGUCCAGAAACUGUACGAGUGGAAAUCAGCGCAAGCAAAAGGCAACACUAAUCUCGGAAAAACUACAGCUGGGAAUUCUUUCUUGACCAAGGCCUUGCUCAAGUUUUUAGAUGCAGUUGCUUGUGAUCCAAACAGUUCUCGUUAUCAUAUGCAUGUUGGGCGGCUUUUGUUGAUGCAAGGCAAUUAUGAAGAUGCUAUUAAAAGAUUAGAAGCUGCUUUUGGCCUAAAACCUACUAGCAUCGAAGCAAGGUUUUAUCUUGGAUUGGCUUAUGUCAAGCAAUAUGGAAGGCAGCAUAGUCAACACUUGAACCCAUUGAAGUAUCUGCAAGCUGGGGUAGAUUAUGCAAUUUACAAGCUGUGUGAAGAUCCAGAUGCACAUUUUCCUCAAUGCAGUGCUGAGAUUUUUGUACGUCAUAGCAAUGUGCUCAUUCUAGAGGGAAUGCUUCAACUUGCUCAUCUUUUUAGAGACGACGAUUGUAAUUCCAACGGAGGUGUACAAAAAGUCAUUGAAAUGUACAAACAAACAAGUUCCAUUUGCCUUCAGCUGAUGAACGGUAUUACCCAUAGAAACAAAACGUACAAGGAUUUUCAGUGGAUUGCUUUAAGAGCACAAUUUUCUCUCGGUCAAUUCACGAUGGCUGAAUUAAAGAACAAAUUGGCUGUGGCAUCAGAGGAGAGGAAAAGGAUGUACAAAUAUUGGGAAAGAGUGUCAGCUUUGUCUAGGGCUUUCGAGCACUCCACUUCUGACAACAAGGUUCUAAAUAUACAAAGAAAGAUUUCUGAAGAGGCCGUUGUCCUGAACCCUUCCUGUUCUCGAUCUUUGUACCGCCUUGGGGAUGCGCAGCUUGCACUUUAUGACACUGAUGCACUUAAAAACGCUGAUUACCUCCCGCAAGCCGAAUUCAGUUACCGAGCAAGCAUGCAGUCUGAGGGUAAAAGUGUGCUUGGCAAAGAAAUCUCUUGGAUGAUUAAGGACUCGAUCUGGUGGAAAGAAAGGCAAGAAAAGGAAAGGCAAAGUCAGGCUUUAUCUCCCGCAAAGACUGCUGCAACAUCACAGUCGAAAGCUGCACCGUCUCCUUUGAAAACACUUGCAAAAUCGUCACCAGCUGCAAAAGGUAUCUCAAAAUCAGGCCAAACGACCACUGCAAAGUCUCCAACGCCCUUGAAAAACAAGGGAACUGUAGCAAAAGGAAAGACAGUUACGCCAAGCAAAGGAAAGGCACCAACGACAACAAAUAAAGGUCAGAAGGUAUCAUCGGCGAAAUCUGGUGUUCCUCCUUCGACUAAAAAAUCAGGUCAAAAUUUAGAAAAAACACAUUCCAGUACUUGUGCUGGAGCCAAGAAGGUCCCUGUGAAGACAAUAUCACCAGAGAAAGCAGCAACUGAUGUACAGCAAACGCAAACUGAUCCUUCUAAAAUAGAAAACUCGAAAGAAAAUGAGAAAAAGAAGGACACUGAAGGUCAGUCGAGUAACGAUGUUACGUUAGUGAAUGUAGCAAGUUAUCACCCUCGCCUUGGCCUAGCAAGGGUUUUGUCGCGCAUGGAUAAAGAUUUCCAUUGGGGAGAAAUAAAAAAAUUAUAUACUGAUGUCAUAGAAAUGGCACCCAACGUGCAUGAUGCUUAUAUCGAGCUAGCUGAGAUGCUAUUGGAAACUGAACCAAAACAAGCAAUUUCAGUCUAUUGCAAGUACCCAUUUCCAAAGGAGCUAGGUUUUGACGAUGCUUUCCUGCACGGUGAAAUUAUCAGGCUUAUUGUGAAAACUGAAGACUGGGACAAUCCCCAUCUUGAAAAGAGCAUGAUCCAGUAUGGCAAAGUAAUGGGCUUUUCGUCGCUAGAUAAGACUGUCUCAGUUCUGGAGAACAAGUUCAAAUUUGAAACACUCAAAAAGGUUUACUCAAAGAUCAUCGAUAAAGAUAUCAACGAUGAAGAGGUGCAAACAUUUUUCAAGAUUAAGUGUUGGAUCUAACUGGUAAGAUAUUACCUUGUUGUUUGUAAAAUAGAAUUUUGGAGUAAUUUGUUCUGUAUUUUUCUUCAAAUUUAAGAAGUGAAAAAGAAUAACAAGCAAUAUUACCGGAAGGUUUACUGUGUGUGGAGAUUUAUUUUUCGAACAAAUGCAAGAUAUAGACAUCUAGCCAUUUUACUUGGAGCAUAUGCUAAUCGGCAUGUCAGUCUCGCAAUUCACAAGGCAAGAAUAAUUCGAAAUAGCUGCCAUAUCUUUUAGCUAAAAUUUCUGUCCAAACUUACGCCAAGGAAAAUUUGAUAUUCUGUCUAUAUACCAGCUUAGGUCUUCAGUUGUUGAAAAUAGAAUUCUGUCUGGACCAUAUGCAGGUUAAAAUGUUAAAGUUAAAGUUAUUUGAGUCAGAUUCUUUCUAGACUUUCUAAAAUCGAUUUUCAAAGACUGCAAA